AUGGACAAUGAGGUUACCACUUGCACCAGCAAGCCUUGUCUUCAUGGUGCCAGAUGUUCUAUAUCAGGAACCAGCCCUAGUUGUGAAUGUUUAGAUGGAUAUUCGGGAAAAUUGUGUGAAGUGACACCAUGCAGCAGCGAUCCUUGUGUAAAUUCUGGAUUAUGCUUCCCUGCAAAUGAAAGCUAUGUAUGUGCUUGUCCGACAGGAUAUACUGGCAAACGUUGUGAAGUUGAUUCAUGUGAUUGUUUUCCUUGUGUUAAUGGAGGAACAAAAUCUGUCAGUGUUCAUGUAGAAGUGGCUUCUCUGGGUCAUCAUGUGAAGAUGUUUGUCUAUCUUGUUCCAGUGACACCAUGCAGCAGUAGUCCGUGUGUGAAUUCUGGAUCAUGCUUAAAUGUCAAUGGCAGCUAUCUUUGUGUUUGUCCUAAAGGAUACUCUGGCAAAUUAUGUGAAGUAACACCUUGUAGUAACCAGCCUUGUUUUCACGAUAGUAGUUGUUCUAUCUCAGGACACAGCUUCAGUUGCAGUUGUUCAAAGGGAUAUUCGGGUAAACUAUGUGAAGUGAUACCAUGUAGCAGUAGUCCGUGUGUAAAUUCUGGAUCAUGCUUAAAUGUCUAUGGCAGCUAUCUAUGUGCGUGUCCCAAAGGAUACUCUGGCAAAUUAUGUGAAGGUAUAAAUUACUGA